GUCACGUGACAGGCAGUCGUUAUUUAUUUUCCGUGCCUUUCUGAAUAGUCGCGGUUUCACGCUUCAGACGCCCCCGAAAGCUGAAUAACGGACUUCAAAACAUUCCUUUUCGUUCUUUAAUCCAGCGAACGUUCAGUACUUUCAUUUAAAAAUGAAUACAUUGGGCUCAAUAUUAGUAGUCGAAGUCAUCUGAAGUACAUAAGAAACAAACAUGCAAUCUUAUUUCAUUGAAUUUAAAUGAAUUUAAAUUAAAAAUAUUAAAUACGUCUUAGGAAAUUAAAUGUAAAUACAAUAUAUUAAUAUCUAAUACAAUUUAUUGGUUUUUUUUUUUUUUUGCAUCAUACUGAAAAGAGUAAGUAAAUCUUAACGCACCACUCACUUUUAAGUCUUAUGUAAUGUUUAGUAAGGAAAUAAUAAUAAUAAUAAUAAUAAUAAUAAUAAUAAUAAUGUGGUAGUGGUGUGAGCUUUGGGAAUCUCUCUUACAGAGGAGGACCUGCUUAAAGAGACACUACCACAAAACAUUUCUCUUGACGCUUGAUCACUCAUGCCAUCCCAGAUGUAUAUGACUUUCUUUUUUUCAGAUAAACCCCAGAGAUUACGUGAAAAAGAUUCCAUCUCUGAGUCCAUAUAAUGCAGGUGGACAGUCAUCCAACGGCCUUCAAAAAAACACAAAACAAUCACAACUGUAAUCCAUACAACCCCAGAGGAUGGAUAUGUGCACCUGGAACACGAGCCUGUUUAUUGUCUUGACAUCCGCAGCGGCUCUUCUUACAUCUGAAGGGCUCUUGGUUCAAGGACCCGCUCAGCCUCUGGUGGCACAUCUGGGGGCGUCCAUCGUGCUGCCCUGCUCUGUGGAAACCCCAUUACCUGUGGACGAGCUGGAGGUCCAGUGGAAGAGGACGGAUGCUGAGACGCUAGUGCACUUGUUUCAGGAUGGCCAGGACAGACCCGAGGCUCAGUAUCAGUCUUACAGGCGUAGAGCACAUUUCUUUCCCGAGCAGAUCUUUAAAGGAAACUUCUCAGUCCUUUUGGAAAAUAUAACAGUUGCAGACACCGGUAUCUACAGAUGUGUAGUUUGCUCUUAUCAGGAUGUUGGAGAGAUCUUUGUUACAAUUCAACAUGUGGAGCGUGUGGUUGUGACAGUAGAAGAUCAGACUGUAUUUGCUCGUGUUGGUGAGGAUGUUGUUCUUAACUGCACGGUGGACUCACACAUCCCUCCUCGACGCUUUGAAGAGGUCUCGUGGAAGAAGGUGGACAAGCGUCCGGACAUCGUCCACGUGCUGCUUUUCCAAAACGGGACGAUAUUUCCAGGAUCGUCUCACAAGCGUUACAGAGACAGAGCGGAGUUCUUCAGAGAGGAAAUUCCCAAAGGCAACUUCUCAAUGAGGCUAAAAAAUGUCCAGACUGCUGAUAAGGGAGAGUACAUGUGUGAAGUCCACACAGAGAAAUCAGUCAGCUCUGCAACUGUGGAAAUUGGGAGGUUGGGGAUGUCUGCUCUGCACAUCACUACUCUGAUGCUUUGCUUUGUUUCUCUCUUGUUGACUUGUGCGUUAAGUAUUCCAGUCCUAAUCUUUAUCAGCAAAAAAGAUACGGACACAAAACCAAUGUACGUGAACUACCUGCAAGCAGUCGGUCCUAACAUCUGCUUGUGUGCUGCAUUUGUUCUGUGGGGGGUUUCUGAAGGGUCUGUUGUCGAGUCAACAAUGUGUGCGACAAUUAAUCUGACGAGGAUCAUUUUAUUAUUUCUUAUGGCCCCAUAUUUUAAUUGGGAUACUACUGUUUCUGUUAAUUUUCCAGGUUUCAUCCACAAAACGAUCGAAUUUGUAGCCAUCCCCAUCGCGUAUCUUCUGAUUUCCACAGCAUUUUGCUCAGCUGUUCUUCAUGAUCUCUGGAAUACAUCUCAGUGGACCGAAGUUGUUCAUUUCAGUGUUGGGAUUAUUCUGCUGUCAUCCAUGCCUGCACUUUUUCAUGCCUUAAACAAUGUUUGCUUCACACGAUUUUUUGAUACACAUUCGUCAAUACGAUUUAUUAUAGGGUCACUUGGACAUGUUCUCAUGCAGUUAAGCAACUUUCUUCAAAUGCGUCUUUUCUUCUUUAGAUCAACAAACGUUGAUGAAUCCAUGAUCACAAUGACAUAUGCCUUUGGGGGAAUUUCUCUUGCCAUAUCAUUAAUAGUUCUUCCAAUUCCAGCAAUUCGACAGUACAUUUGUUUAAACGUUGUCAAAAAUCGACUUAAUGCACUUAUAUGGAGAUGUUAUUUAGUUUGGGUAAACGUCAUGGUUGUUACGCUCAUUGGGCAUACUGCAUUUAUUUUAUAUUAUCUCAAUAAAAUUCUGGAGUACAAUAAGGAGCGUUUUGGAUGGAUCUUUGUCACAGUUCUGCUUCAUGUCCUGACUGCAAUUGCACCCACACGAUUCCCCAGAGCAGUUCCUGACGCAAUUUACACUACUUUGUACAUGUAUGGUGUGGCAUGUCUACCAGUGAUCAACUCUAUUUCUCUUGCCACAGAACUAAUACUUCAAGUCUACAAGGGGGAGAGAACGGUGGAUGAUCUGCGUGUAAUAGUGUUUGCGUUUGAAAGCAUUAUGUCCGGUGUAUGGCUGGUUUUACAGAUCCAUGCAUACUGGGCGGUUGGCGGUAGAGAUGUACAGAGGGAGCUUUAUGCAUUGAGAGACCUUGCAGCACAGUGCACACCACAGCAAGGAGACAUUGAUGAAUCAGAUUUUUCGGAGAAUCAACUCUCUGAGAUCCAAGGACUUCAGCCAGAGGCAGCACCGCAAGAUCUAGAGGCUUAAAUCUUUAUCUUAUAAAGAAUAACUAAAUGCGAUAGCUACCUAUGUUAUGUUUAAUUCAAUUGAUUUAAACUGACAAAAUUUCCAUGCUCUAUACUGUGUACAGUGAACACUGCUUACUCUUGUUUCCACCUUCAAAUUGUUAACCUUUGCAUUGUUAAUGUUUAUUCUCGCAGUAAUAAACUGACUGCAUAAAUGUAUUUAAAAUAUGUUUGACAAACAGAUUCACAUUUCAUUGGCAUCUCAAAAAAAUUGGUCUGGUAACAUGCAAAAUAUAUUUGUAAUAAAGAUGUAUCAAUCCGC